AUGUCUGAUAAAAAAGCAAAACCUACAAGACCUACAAAGUCUGAAAAGUAUCAAAAUAUUGACAAGGUUGAUAAGUCCGAAAAACUAGAUAAAGCCAGUGUUAAGAAGGCUUUUGACGUCUUCGACUAUAACGGCAAUGGUAUCUUGUCCCUCGCCGAAAUCGAUAGAGCUGUCCUUGAACUCUACCCGCAACUCGCAAAAGAUAAGCCCGCCAUCAUGAGAGCUUACAAAGCUGCUGACGCUUCAAAUGAUGGUUUCAUCGACUUUGAAGAAUUUGGCCGCCUUGUUGAUCUCCUUUAUUAUUACAACGACCUAUUCAAGAUUUUUAAGAAACUUGAUACAGAUAGUGACAGACGUAUCAGUUUUGAGGAAUUCAAGAAAGGACAUAAGCUCAUGGGAAUAGAAGCGCGUUCGGAAGCACAACUUAAGAAGGAGUUCAAUGAAAUCGAUACGAACGAAGGAGGGUUUAUUCUCUUUGAUGAGGUAAUGAGAGAUCUCUGA